AGAAACUGAACGAAUUUCAAUCGGAAUCACGUUUCUUUUCAGUACUUUAUGAUGCCCGUCAUUCCCAAACAGCUCGGCAACCUUGUUAAUUUUCAGUUUUAUUGGCUGCAUUAAGGUCAAAUGCUUGCACCGAGUUACUUUCCUCUAUCAGACGGCAUCCAUCCAGCCAGGUAAGCAAGAAAAGAAAACGAAAGCAGGAACCUUUUCGAGCACCGCCGGGCAAACUAGCCCAAUUGACCUUGGGAGUCAGAAACGAGGUGGAUCCCAGUGUCUUGGAUUCGGACUUCACUUUCGGAGAGUCCGGCACGACAAUGAACUUCCCUCUGAUCGGAGUUCUGCUGCUCAUCACUCUUUGUUCGUGUUUAGUGCCAUUUUCCCGCGCUUCUUCAGAAUCGAACAGUACGGAUUACGAUGAGCAGGUGGAGGCGGUCAUAGAGAAAUGGCGGGGAAAUUUUCGAAGAUUCAGGAAGAUGACGGGCACCGCCAUCAAGAUCGCGAUGCCCUAUUUUAUGGAUUCGGUGACAGCGGAAGAGUUUGUGAUCUCACCGGCGUGCAAACAUUCUUUGUUCAAAUGGAUAGCGGAUUUGAGGGCCAUGAAACCUCAUGCUUUGAGAAUGGCUGAUGCAUCUGCAAAAAUGAUCAAUGGAAUUUUGACUGGCACAUUGUCAAACUUCGGCUCUUAUGACCAGUGUGUGGAGACAGUUAUUCCCAACAGCAAAGCUCGUGGCCAGUACUGUACAAUAGAAGCUUGGCCCCCUUUGCCUCCCAAACCCAGAUUUUAUGCUUUAAAUCAAAGAUUAGAAGCAUUUCGGCGUUUUGAAAAUGACACUGGUAUGAUGGGAGAAUUUACGAAAUAUUUGCACUUGUUUUACAUGUUUCCCUUCAGGGUUGGUAUUUGUGUGCCUUCAACAUGCUCAAGAAAUGACAUCUAUAACGUUUCCAUGAUGGUGACAAAAAAGUUUUUUCCCGCGAAUGUUACUGUUCCACGUUGUGAAGUAAAAGAAGUGACUGUGAUUGAAAAUUACCAAAUACCUUUUUUCUGUGUAAUUGCAAUUUUGACAACUCUAGUGAUUUGUGGAACUACGACGGAUAUUCUUCUUAACUAUACGAAUAAGGAUCCCAAGCCUGAACCAGAGACCAGAGCAUACAGUAUACAAUGCUUUCUGUGCUUUUCCGUGAUAUCCAAUUGGAAGGUGUUAAUGGAUUUGAAAUCAGGAUCGGAUACACUGGGUGUGUUGCAUGGCGUACGCUUUUUCUCUAUGUGUUGGAUAAUAUUUGGACACACGUACUAUCAUUUGAAUUUCAAUGUUCUCAAAUACUUGCAAAUUACUAUAGAACUGACUAGUCAGUUUGCAUUCAAUACCAUAACAAAUGCCUCACUGCUUGUAGACAACUUUUUCUUUAUUAGUGGAUUGUUAUUCAUCUAUAUUGGCUUUGAUAUAGUUGAAAAAACUGGAAAAAUACCAAAUCCUUUUUAUUUUGCUAUUCACAGAGUUUGGAGAUUCUUGCCGAUUCAGAUGUUUUUCGUGGGAUGCAGCACAUUGUUACCGUUGCUAGGAGACGGUCCGAUGUGGCACGAAAACAUCGAUCCCAUUGUGGAAGGAUGCAGAAAGGACUGGUGGGUCAACUUUCUUUUCAUCAACAAUCUCUACAGGACAACAUCGAAAGGAUGCUUGUCUUAUUCAUGGUAUUUGGCAGCCGAUUUUCAAGUGUACGUUCUUUGCAUCCCUUUGGUGAUCCUGAUCAUGAAAAAGCCAGUUAUUGGGAUGUGGAUUAAUUUUGUCGUCAUGGUGGCAUCAGUCAUUGGUGUAGGAAUCCAGAAUUACAUCAGAGAUUUACCACCAACAAAUCUCUUCAUACAUGGGGAUGUUGAGCAAAGACAUCAACUAAUGAUGGAAACAUAUUAUCCUCCUCUUCAUCAUUUGGGACCACACUGUCUUGGUAUAUUUGUUGGAUAUUAUCUGCGGAAGAAAAGGACGCCAAGAAAUUUGCACCUCGGGUGGCACAUCACUGCUUGGAUGUUGACCAUCGCAUUCUUAAUGUCUUCUCUAUAUGGUGUUCAUCCUUGGAACAACCACCUGCCGGGUACUGGGAAAGUAGCAACUGUUCUUUACGCCAGUUUGAGUAGGAUGUCUUGGACAAUGGGUCUAGCAUGGAUAACCAUAGCUUGUAGUACUGGAUGUGGUGGAUUUCUUAAUUCUAUCUUAUCUUGGAAACCGCUUAUCCCUCUCAGCCGUCUAACUUUUAUGGUGUAUAUGAUUCAUCCCUUGAUUCAGCAUGUGUUCUACUCAACUCUCAGGGAAGGAAUUCAAGCCAGAAAUGCUUUAGCUAUUUUCAUAUACUUAGGGUUCGUCGUUAGCAGUUAUGUCAUCGGUACUGUCAUAUGCAUGCUCCUAGAAGCACCUUUUGUUAGAAUAGGAAAAGUCGUAUUUGACAUCGAAGAAGCUAUUCGCAAGAAACAGCUGACGAUUCGAGAACUAUUAUUCGGUAAAACAGAAUCUAGAAACGAUCGCCAACUAAAUGGCGCCAAGCCAGGACAUCUGAAAGAGGUACCUAAUGGUAUACCAAAUAGCGACUUAAAUUCUUUGAAUAGUAAUUUCAGUUUUUCAAACGGCAGGAUAAAAGCAAUAGAGGAUAUGAUGAAUAAAAGAAAUGAUUUCAUUUGUCGCCUGUGAAUCAAUCGUAUGUAAGUCAGCAUUUGUUUUCAGUGCCAAAUUUGCGUCUCUGGCGCAAUUUUUGAAUUGGCGUUGAUUAUUGAAUGAUAUGCUGAUGUGAUGCCCUGUUCAUGUUAAUUUUUUUAAAUCAUAAGCCAAAGAACAAACGGAGAAAUUAUUGAUCAUGCUUUCAGGUCCGACAUGUUGAAAAACAUGAGAUAUGAGAAAUUCAAUAUCAUUUCAUGUACAGCAUUUGUGUUAUUUCAUUUGUUUAUUUGUGCUUUUUCUUAAAAAAUGUUUAUGUCUCGUACUAUAUUAUAUGUUUAUUUUAAAUAUAUUUUUGAAUAAAACUUUUUAACUUUC